AUGGCGACUAAUAUGCGUGGCCUCACGCAGUUCAUUGCGGACAUACGUGGGGCGAGGGUCCGCGAACUUGAAGAGAAAAGGAUCAACAAAGAGAUGGCGAAUAUCAGGAAGAGGUUUAAAGAUGGAAACCUGGAUGGGUAUCAAAAGAAGAAAUACGUCGCCAAGGUCAUAUUCACGUAUAUCCUAGGUUACAAGGUCGAUGUCGGCCAUAUGGAAGCUGUGAAUCUGAUUUCCAGCUCCAAAUACAGCGAGAAGCAGAUCGGUUACCUCGCCGUCACCCUGCUCAUGCAUGAGAACUCGGAUUUUCUACGACUCGUUGUGAACUCAAUUCGCAAAGAUCUUAAUGACAAUAAUGAGAUCAGCAACUGUCUGGCUUUGCAUGCGAUAGCUAACGUCGGAGGGACGGAAAUGGCUGAGGCUCUCGCGGAAGACGUCCAUCGUUUACUUAUUUCGCCGACGUCGCCUAGUGUUGUCAGAAAGAAGGCUGCUCUGACUUUGCUCAGAUUAUACAGGAAACACCCAGAUGUUAUACCCGCCGCCGAAUGGGCAUUGCGCAUCAUAUCAAUCAUGGAUGAUAUGGACCUUGGUGUAGUGAUUUGUGUCACCAGUUUGGUUAUGGCCAUGGCGCAAGAUCAUCUUGACGCCUAUGCGGUAUGUUACCAGAAGGCCGUCGAUCGUCUGUACCGUCUUGUGAUCCAACACGAGUUCAAAGCAGAGUAUGCGUACUAUAGAGUACCCAGUCCGUGGUUGCAAGUGAAACUGUUACGAUUGCUGCAAUAUUACCCACCCUCAGACGAUACCACCAUUCGCAAUGUUAUGCACGAGGUUCUUCAAACCGUCAUGAACAAUUGCGCAGAGCCUUCAAAGAACGUGCAACAUAACAAUGCUCAGCACGCUAUUCUUUUUGAAGCCAUUAGUCUGGCAAUCCACUUGGACACCAAUUCUCCUCUCGUUUCUACCGCCGCCGUGCUCCUUGCUCGCUUCAUUAGCUCGAAGGAGACAAAUGUGCGUUACCUUGGUCUCGAUACCAUGGCACAUCUUGCUGCGCGUACAGACAAUUUAGGCGCAAUAAAGAAGCACCAGGCAACCAUUAUUCUUUCUCUCCGUGACAAGGAUAUUUCUGUGCGACGCCGUGCGCUGGACCUUCUAUACAGCAUGUGUGACACGGACAACUCAGAGCUCAUCGUGGGUGAACUUCUGCGUUAUUUAAAGAUCGCAGAUUACGGGUUGCGGGAGGAGAUGGUGUUGAAGAUUGCAAUCCUGACUGAGAAGUAUGCGAGUACCUAUAAGUGGUACGUGGAUACUAUACUGGAGCUGCUCAGCGCAGCCGGUGACCAUGUCGGGGAAGAGGUCUGGUACCGUGUUGUACAGAUUGUAACGAACACUGAGGAUCUACAAGCCUACGCGGCGAAGGUCGUCUUCGAGUACCUUAGAUCUCCUUCAUCACAUGAGAGUCUGGUCAAAGUUGGCGGUUACAUUCUUGGCGAAUAUGGACAUCUGAUCGCAAAUGAGCCAGGAUACAGUCCGAUGGACCAGUUCCAGGUCCUCCACUCAAAAUCACAGUUCUGCGUGGCGCCCACACGAUCUCUUCUGCUAUCGACAUACCUUAAGUGGGUGAACGUCUUCCCUGAAAUCAAACCUCAGCUGGUCAAUGUCUUCGAACGAUAUCGUCACGUUUUGGAUGUCGACCUUCAACAACGUGCCUGCGAGUUCUAUGCACUCACGUCAAGGCCUGACGAUGAUGAGCUGCUUCAGAAUAUCUGUGAGGAGAUCCCACCAUUCCCACCACGAGAAAGUGCUCUCCUUGGCAGGCUCAAGGUCAAACAUGGCGACAAGGAAACCACCUUAGAUCGAGAGGCGACCAGGAAAGUCUCGACGAAACCGACGCUACUCGAGAUUAAUGGAAACGGGACUGCGGCACCGAAUGAUGCUACUGAUAUCGCGAAUUCACUCAUGGGCUUGGAAAUAACAGCCUCUCCCUCUAGUAUUGUUACGCCAUCUGCGAGUCAAAACCUAUCUUCACAAGCACCAGCAACUCUCGCUGAAAUGGGCCUCCCUCGACUCACCGUCAGCCCCAACGUCGAACGAUGGUUUGAUAAACUUCUCCACAGCACCGAAGGCGUCUUGUAUGAGGACGUACAAAUACAGAUUGGAAUCAAGUCUCGGUACCACGGACAUCUUGGCCAAAUUGCGGUGUACAUGGGCAACAAGAUCUCCGUUCCACUCACGUCGUUCACCGCGACGCUGCACGUCGACGAGCCCGAGGCGUUGUCCGUGACGUUUGCCAAAAUUGCGCCGAGCAUAAUCUCCCCACGCACCCAGACACAACAGCUCAUGCAAGUGGAGUGCAAGAAGCCUUUCACGAAACCUCCCAUCCUUAGCGUGUCGUUCUUGGCUGGCUCCCACCAGACGAUCGCAGUCAGGCUGCCCAUCGUCCUCACUAAGUUUGUGGAACAUGUUAAACUUGGCCAGGCGGACUUCUUCGAACGCUGGAGGCUUAUUGGCGGUCCGCCACGAGAGGCGCAGAACGUAUUCCCUAUCGGCCUCGAUGAGUCUGGGCAUAUUGACAGGGAGAAGCAGCGACAGGUCGUGUCGGGCUUCUGCUUGAAUGUCCUUGAGGGUAUCGACCCGAAUCCCAACAAUGUUGUCGCUGCAGGUAUUCUGCACAUGGCUGUCGACGGAAAGGUCGGCUGUCUGAUGCGACUGGAACCAAAUCGAGAAGCUCGGCUUUGUCGGAUUACCGUACGGAGUACAUCAGAGGACGUCGCCGCGGAAGUUCAGAGAUUGAUUCAAAAGCCACUGAGUACGGACUCCCAGUCAUGA